AGUGAAUGCCAAGCAUUUGAUACGAUGAGUUCGGCAAUAUAAAAUUCGAAUGUUUCACCAAAAACUCAGCCAGUUUUCGACCGUAAUCGUUCGGAACAGCAAGUCUGCCUAGGCGUCUGUCUGUCUUAUUGCAUCCGUUGUUGUAUAUUUCAAAAUUUGCGAUCGCAUUAUGAUGCUGAUAUCCAUGUGUGAGCUUUAGCUUUGUAUUGUAAAACAUUUACCGUGAACAACAAAACAACAAACCAAACCGUGUGCUCCGAGCAUCGACUGCAAAUUAAAUUCGAUAUUCGUUGCUACCCAUCGACCGAUACAAUUUACGGUAUAAAUCGAAUCCAAUCGAAAAUCAAAUACACAUAAAACAGUGAUUGUUGCUGAUUUUGUGCGAUUUUAGAUAUUGUCAAUAAUUGUGAGUUGCUAGUGGCUUUAUCCUUUAUAGGUUCAUUGGCUUCAUAUUUACGGACACGGUACAAGCGCAAGUAAAAUAGUUGAAGAUAAUACUGCAUUGUUUUCGUUUUAUUUUUCGUCUGGUAUUUGAACAACAACAAAAACGAGAAAAAUUUAACGAAAAAACGAAAAUAAAUAAAUGAAAAUAAAGAAGAGGCAGAGCAAAAAAUAAAGCAGAAAGAAGAAAAAGAAGCAACAAAAAACCAAAUCGAUAAGGAAAACACGCCAUUGCUGUGUGCGCUUUUUGUUUUUUCAUUCUAAAUAAAAUAUUAUUUGUUUGCACGGAACAGUACUUGUUUGAAAAUAUUCGGGUCGAAAUACAGGGAGUGAACGCAAAAUUUCUUGGCAUUAGUUUUACCAGACAGGACUAUUUGCUACAUAUAGUUGGAUUGUUGUGGCCGCUGAGUUUUGUACUCGCUCUCCGAUCCGAUUUUCUCUCACUUGUAUGUAAUUCAAAGUGAUAUAGUGCGGUGAACUCAAAACCGACAGGUUUGAACACAUUACAUUUGCACGAGAGUUCCAAAUGAGUGAUGACGAAAUUAUUCGUUUUGGUUUGAUGGAUUCUAUAACAACUAAAUCUUGAAAUUUAUCGAAAUAAACCUCAGCUUUUGGGAUGCUAGUGGUUCGAAGGUUCUUACACACAUACACACACACACACAGAGAGAGAGAGAGAAGAACAGAAAGAGUGAAUGUGCACUAUUUCAACUUCGGUAAAAACCGCAUAACCCAAACUCCUCGAAAUUAGCUCAGCUUGGCUGAAUCGGCACAUGGUCCCCAAAAAGUAUCCCAAGUGUAAUGUACACAUACACAGACAUACUUAAAACACACACACUAAACUAACCAACCAAAUGAGCCAACGAACGAAUGAAUGAUUAUUUAGCAAAGUGCCUACGGACAGGCCAAAAUAUAAGUGUAUCUACAUCUUAAUGAAGAAAUCCAUACCCGCACGCAUUCAAACACCGGAGCACCAGCAACAGUAGUAAUAAUACACAAAAUUACAAAAUACACCAUUCCAAGAGCAGCAACGGCAACGGCAACGGCAACGGCAACGGCAACGGCAACGGCAACGGCAACGGCAACGGCAACGGCGGCAGCAGCAGCAGUACCAAAAACUUCAGCAUAAUAAUUUGAUGGUUGCAUUCAAAAUUGAAUCAUGGCACAUAAGUUAUAUUAGUUUUUGCGUGCGAGCAUUUUAUUAACAUGGGAUUAAUAUAAUCAAUUACAUAUGGUUGCGCGUAAUAAAAACGUUGUUGUUGUUCAUGCUGAAAGCAGCCAUCGCAUGAUGAUGAUGAUAAAUGUGUAACAGAUGUGUAUUUCAAAAAGGAUAGACACAACAGCUAAAAGAGUAUCCAUUCACAUUAGCUAAUAGGGUAAUCGAGGAACGAAUUGAAGGUGAAGAAAAUAUACAUCAAGCGAAGCACAAACAUUAUACCAAAUCAUAAGCCACUACACCGAAAAGUCAAUGAAUAACCCAAAGACAUUGUUUGUAAAAUUCAUAAUCGUGUCAAAGCAUUAAAUCAAAUUCACCGAUCCCUGUGAAUACAUUUCGAUGAGCUUUCGAGCCUCGAAUAAAAGUGGCGGAAGAAAAAGAAACUAUACAUCUGCAACGAAGUAAAUUCUAUCGUACUGUGUGAAAUCAUUUAUGUGCAACUGUGUUGUUUAACGCGAACAGAGAUUCCGCUUUCUCUAUCUAGUUUUUUUCAUUAUUUCACUCUGAACAGCGGUUCAAAAUUGUGUUGUAACUCAGUCUCUUGGUAAAACCACCGACAUCCACAUACUUUACAGCAUCUCAAUUUCGAGUGUGUUUACAUGUAUAUCGUCGAACCGUAGCAUCAUCUAUCUUGGCGUAACGAGAAAGCGUUAGACACAUUUUUUUUGCGCUGUAAAUACAUUUAGAACGUGUGGAAUUUUGCGUGUGCGGUAUAUCUGUGCUUAGAACUAUUUCCGGCGUUUUUUAAAUUUUUCACAUAGCAUGCAAAUGCCAACACAAGCGGAUUCCAUGUGAAUCGUUUUUCUUUGAUCUGAGAACGACGACGACGGUUGUGUCAACGAAAACUACAAUUGAAAACUGAUAACUCGGUGUAGAAUUCAAACCAAAGACGACGGCAAGUACGUCGACGACGACGGCGACGAUAGCACCAAGAACAAAGGCAGCAACAGUAACAAUAGCAGUGUAGAGCAUAACCACUCAUUAAAACGCGUUGCCCUUAAUGAAUACCAAUUUCGGGUUUCAUCCAAAAAAAUAAAUUUCGUCUUCAGUUUUAUGUUAGAUAAAAGCAAAAGCGAUUUCGUAGAAGAUGUGGAUUUCAACUCUGCUUGGAUUAUGUCUGAGUGGUUUACUAAGUAUAGCUGCGUAUUCAAUAAAAGACAAUCAGGAAACAAUUCCAAACAUGAAAUUCGCAAAUUGUUUUGUGGGGAAUUCAACAUAUCUGCAUGGAGAAACUUUCAAAAUUGAUUGUAAAACGCAGUGCAUAUGCGAGAAUGGACAUCAUGCGUGUUCCAACUUGUGUCCAAAAGAGAAUUUGCCACCACCGGAAGACACAGCAGUUUGCCAUUCACCCCGUUUAGUUGAUGUGCCUGGUCAUUGUUGUAAAGUGUGGUUGUGUGAAACACCAUCUGCAGACGUGAAUGCGACAUGUCAGAAUAUUUCGGCUAGCCCAUGGACAUCGUGUUCGGAAAGUUGUGGAAUUGGCGUUUCAACACGAAAUGUUGAGACAGCAGUUGGUUGCAAAAAGCUCAGUCCGAUUCGUUUAUGCCAGAGUCGACGUUGUCAAAAUAUCAUGAACAAUACAUUUAUUAAAAAUGACUUUGAGAAAACCGAUCACACGAAUAAUAAUGCUCUUGUUCUACAUAAACACCGCGUUCGGAAAGGACACGAAUGCCGAAAUAUGCAGCGUAUUGGACCCUCCAGAAUUCGUCUCGGGCCGUGUGUUUCACGGAAACUGUAUCGACCGAAAAUUUGUGGUCAUUGCCAAAACAAUAAUAAAUGCUGUGUGCCUUUGGUGUCUACUACCAUACAAGUGGAAAUGCUGUGCCCGUUGAAUACAGGAGAUCCAUUCAAUUUUAUUGAAACAAAGUACGAUUUGUGGGACCACAACUCCAUCGAUCCAAUCGACCAGGAGCUCUUACAAUCACGACAAAUACAAAUAGAAAAUCGAUUUAUCGCCGUACAAUGGGUGCUGAAGUGCGAUUGCAGCUUACAAGGUGAUUCGUGCCAAGAUAACAACGUCACUAAUUCGGACAUUAAGGAACUACUGAGUCGAGUGCAUCGAACAUAAAAGCUUAAGCCAGGCAAGAGAAACAACGGAAAAAGUGGCGUCAAACUUUAAAUCGUGAAGGUUUCAAGUAAAGAAAAAGUAAAAAAGAAGAAGAAGAUGAAGAAAACGAUAGAAAAAAAAGUUGUUAAGCUUCGAAUGUUACAGCAACUUUCAAUGAUUUAUGGUCAUUUGUCUAUAAAGGCAAACGGUUGCUUUCGCUGAAUUUACUUUAUGAGCGAAACUUAGGCGUUUCUUUUGGCGUUGGUUUUUUUUUUUUGGUCAUAGUUUAUUUUUCAAUAUUCAUUUGUCUAUGUAAAUCAAAUGACGCUUGGCAACGAAUUUGUGUUUUUGAAUAGAAGAAAAAACUGGCGUGUUUUUUCAAACUUGAGAGAGAUAAAAAUUGUCUGCAUCGAAUGUGGAUCAUAAUUGCUUAAUUUAACCCAUAUGGCCAUUUAAUUUGUAGUUGCGAUGAUUAUGAAGGUGGACAAAAAUGAAGCUAAAUGUCACAAAAGUGCCGGUACUCUAUUGUCGAACAGAAAUCAAUGUGCGUAAACUUGUAUCCAGUUUCGUUUUUAAUGGCAUUAUUGACACUCUCAUACACAUUAGAAACAAAGGAAGAAAAAAGCACACACACACAUUGCACAUUGCACUGGAUAUCCAAAGGGACGACACGUUUUGACGAAGUCUACGGCGAACUCAUGAACUAUCGAAAAGUCAAUACAAAAUGAUACGAGAGUUCGUGGCGCUGCGAGCGCUCAAAUGAUGUUUGCACUGAAGUGUCGUCAGCUUGUGGAUAUCUAGAGCUAAGUGCCAUGCAAAACACACAUGGAUAUAUGUCAAGGUGGAUUAGGAUGGGCUUUUCAAGUGACAUUAUUUAAUAGACAAAGGGAUAUUGCAACUUUUUUGACCAGAAAAAACGCCAUCUUACGUCGUGCCCCUAAAUUAUUUUACUGUACAUUUUAGAUGGUAGAGCUUGAACCAAAGUUCGACACUAUGCAUAAACUUGGAAAGAGCUUGAUAAACUUGAUGAAAUACAUACAUAUAUCUUAUGGUCGUUGCAAUACCCCUAUGUUAAUAGAUGUGUUGCGCCUCGAUUUAGCCCGUACCAAUUUAUGGCACAGUACAAUGUCACAUUUUGUGUGUGCGUAUAUGUGUGUGUUCGCCGCAUCAAUCUUCCUCUCUCUCUAUCUCUUUCUCUCUCUCUCUCAAUUUGCACAUAAAAUUUUAUCACACUUUAUCUUUUAGCACGACUUACUAAUGGCAUUUGAAAUGCAUCAGUGCAAAACGGUCCAUUCAUUUCAGUUCCAUUGAGCUAAAAUUUUUUUUUCGUUCAUUGCCCAUACCUAAAUAAAAAUAAGUUGAUUAUCUAUUCAAAUGGGACACAAUAUACAUAUCUAUGCAAGUUUCACACAACAUACAGACAACACACACACACACACAUCUAUUUUAUAGGGCAAAAUUAAUUCAAAACACUUGUAUAUACGGAAUCCGAUCAAUUAGCAAAGUGACAGGCGUAAAUGAAACAAUGUAACAAGUGGCAAGAGUUUGGAAAUCGUAAAUGCUAUAAGUGUAAAUAAUAUAUCAAUGAAAGAACAAGAAGAAGAAACCACAAAAUAAGAAAAAAAUACUCGUCCAUUCAACAUUUUAUUGGAACAACAAAAUUGUUAGCGAUAGGAACUACAAAACCGAGUGUGCAUCUUUUUAAUCGGCUAAAUUAUUUUAACAUUUUUCAUACUACAUGUUGCAAACGUAAAUAAAAGGCAAAGAAAAAAAAUUAAACUCUCAAACUAAGCACAUUUCUGUUUUCGACACACUUUUCGACAUUGCCACGUUGCAAAACCAACCAAGCUUUUACUUUAAUUUAAGCUGAAUGAGACGGCACAUGUUUCGGUUGGAAUUCAGUGUUGGUGCAGCAACAUGAAAUGUUGUAGCAUUUAAUUGAAUAAAAAAUUGUUCAACAAUAUUUAAAUAAUUUAAUAAACCCACUUAAAUAGAUUACCAUCAUCAACAUAUUUAUUGAAUUUUCCAUGCGUUUAUCAUGAAGCAACAAUUAGUUACCGAAAAUGAAUGCAAAUGGCUUUCAUCAGUUUCAAAAUAUCAUUUCAACUGCAUAGAAAUGGUGUUGAUUUAAAAUACACUGCAGUCGUUUGCAGUGUCACCCCGGCUUUUAGUGCUCGUGGAAAUUGUCGCAAUAAAAUUAUUAAUAAACGAACUCGAGCCGCUUGUUGGUCAUUCACACAGUCGCUCGAUGCAAGGCCGACUUACUCAAGAGAGAAAGAGCGAGAGUACGGAGGGAUAUACAGAUGCAAGCAACUGAUGAGGAAACACGCAGCAAGAAUAUGUGAUUAUUUGAAACCGCAAUUCAUUUAAACGAAUGAACACGCAUCGCCAAAUGAUACACCUACCCAUAUCUGGUUUUCACAUCCAAUUUUUAGUAGUCCAUAUUUCAAAUGGACUUCAUCAUACAAACCGUGCAGGCAUAGCUUAACGACUUCACACUAACACACACACACACACACACUCUCUCUCUCUCUCUCGCACACCCAUACAACGAAGAAAUACACAAGCUACGGAAUGAAAAACAGUGCGUUAGACCAAAAAUACUCACAAAAGGAUGACACCGGAACCGCACAAAAUACAGUAUGCGGAACUCGUCCUGGAAAAUUCGAUCCUUGUUGCAAAUUCAAUACAUGAAUAUAUAUAUUGCAUACAGGCUUCCGGAAAAAAUACCCAUGUUUUCAAAACGAUGAAUGUAUAAUUUUUUUCUUUCGAUUCUUAUCUUUCUCGCUUCGCCACCGAUAAUGGAAACGGAUCAUGAAAAAUCACGUAUUUUUCGAAAGAUUUUUGGGAUAUUUGAUUACAUAUAGCCAAUGAUAACGGUGAGUUGCACCUUAUUCUCAGCUUUUUUUGCCUCACAUUCAUUUUAUUGAUUUAUUUUUGUGAAAUAAAAUUUCAAAGCAUCCUUCUUGUAACUUGAACAAAAAAUGAGGAUUUUUCUUCGGCUUGAACACAUGCUUUGUAUGAAAUCGGACGGUUUUUCUUCCCUUUUUCUUUUCUCGUUCCUCCGAUGUCGUCGGUAUAUUCACAUAAGUGUGUGUGUGUGUAUGAUGUGCAUUGCUGUUAUCCAUUUGGCAUUUAUGAACAUGCUGAUACGAGAUGCUUUCAUGAUCGGAUACUUUUUACAUCGUCUGAUUGACAAAAUGAUGAAUCAAUAGAUUUGAGUGAUAAAUGUGUCAUAAAAACCAGUGGAAUAAAAACAACCACUUUUGAUUCGCACAAUAAAGACAUCAAUGCUGAGAAAAUUGUUCGGAAUUUUGGGACCGUCGUACAGAUACACCGAAAUUCUAUUUCGUUCAAUCAAACGCUCAAAUGUUUCUCUUUGAUGCUAUUAUUGUCUCGUUUGUGAACUUCUGGGCUCUAAGUUCGGUGGUAACAGAAAGUGCAACACUUUUUCAACAUUGUCAAACCAAUUUUUAUGGAUUUUGAACAUACUAAACGAAAUUCAUAAACAGUUUUAUGAAAUAAAAACAAAUUGACAUUCUAAAUUGACAUCUUACUUCAAUAAAGCACAAGCGGGUGCAAAUUGGUGUCAAACAAAAACCAAAAGAAAAACACUUUGAUCAAAAAUACAUUUGAUUUAGUUCCUUUGAAGAGAAUUAUGUAGAAAUAUAAGAUUCAGUGUCACAAACAUACCAAACCAAACCAAACCGAACAGAAUGAAGAAAAUAAACAACGGCAAACGAAUUCAUUUGCGAUCAGAUUACAGAGUUAGUUUUAGCGAUAAACAGUUUCGAGAUGUUAGUUUGUAAAUUUCACUACUUGUAAAUACCUAACUGUAAAAUGCAUAACAACCAAAAAACGAAUAAAAAUGAUUGUGGUUCAAACCAAUCCAAAAGUGAA